CCUGUUAUGGGAGGAGCCUUUAUGGACUCACCCAACGAGGACUUUAGCACAGAGUACUCCUUGUUUAACUCAUCAGCCAAUGUCCAUGCAGCUUCUUCCAUGCAGAAUCCGCCAGAAGAGACAUCCCGUUCUUCAAACGAUGCCAUAUUACUAUGGAUUGCAAUAAUUGCAACAAUUGGAAAUAUUGUGGUUGUGGGAGUGGUGUAUGCCUUCACCUUCUAGGAUGACUGACACUCUAACCAUGGGAGGCGAAAAUAACUGCAGCAGUAUUUGUCCUGUGUAUGUAUGUAUGUGUGUAUAUAUACAUGUAUAUCUCUAUAAAUACAUAUAGGUAGGGACUUUGUUAAUUAAGUGCUACCCCAGUCAUGGAAAUGAAAUACAAAUUAAUCACCUUGAAUCUUGAUGGCAGAAAAAAAGACUUGGUUGCAAUUGCAAAUUGUAUGGAGGUGAGAGCUUUAAUCACGACCACAGCCAAUGUGUGUUUUGUAUAGAAAUAUAAUGACAGAGAGGACAGCGUGGCUACAAUAAAUGCAAAAAAUAGUGAGAUUUAUACAGACAGUCCUUAUUUUCUACUGUUUAGAUUUUUCUAGCAGCUCUUCUGGCUUUUGUCAGUUUUUUUUUUUUAACUGUGCACUUGCUAGGUAUAAUGUUCUAUGAAAUCAUGUUUUUCUGGACAGCUCCAUUUUUCAGAUGGAGUAACGUUAGUCACUGACUCGGGUCUGAUGGAGGCCAAGUUCAUCAUGUGGAUCUAGAGCACAGGCGUACACUUUGCUGUGCUCAAAGCUGUGAGCUGAAAGCUCUAGCAGGCAGAUCUUUACUAUCUAAAUCUAAUAUCCUUUCUGCAGUCAAUUACUAGAUAUGAAUUGAUGCUAACCCUGUCUGCUGCUUCCAGGAAGGGGCACAGCUGUUACAAGGUUUGCUGCUCUCCAGAAGAUGAAGUGUUAAACAGAGUAGCUCCCCGCUCUGUCUAGGGGAUUGCAGUGACAGCAGUGGUCCUUAGGU